UCAAACUGCGUCAAUUCGAUGAUGACCAUGCCCCCAAAGAAGUUCCGGAUCCAUCGGAGCAGUAUCGAUUGUCGCAGGUGGUGGUCUCAUCGAACAAGGAUCGAUAAGCCUAGGAACUGGAAAAAAAAUAUAUUAGAACAUAAAAAAAAAUGUCGCCGGGAAAAAAAAAAGUCGCCGCCGGCAAGAAUCCGACACUCACUCCUGUAGCGUUCGUCGCCGUCGUCACCACCACCGCCUCGCCGCCCUCGGACUCUUCCUCUGCCGCCGGGGGCGUGCUGUUCGUCGUCGGACAUUCCGCGUCGCCGCUGUUGCUGGGGCGCCUUCGCCUUGUUCCUCGCGCCGCCGCCUGGGUCUGAGGCGCUGCCUCCUUAAUCUGGGCGUCGCCGCUCUAUUUUUGGAGUCGGCACUGGGAGGGUGAAGGAGGUCGGGAUGGAGGAGGAUGAAGGAGGUCGGGAUGGAGGAUGUGGUCUGGUCUGGUGCGAGAGGGCGAGGAAGGGGAUUAAAAAAACAAAGAAGCAUAGCGUCGUCGCUAGCUUUACCCUUAAAAACUGUAUUUUCUGAGUCUCGGGCGCCGUCGCCAACUUCCCUCCAUCAAAACACAAUAUUCUUUUAAAUACUUUUCAAAACACUAUAUUCGUGGUAAAUUAAAAAAAAACAAUAUUUAAGG